UCAUUGCACCAUUUCUUGGCUUUUCAUCUCUGUUCUCAACAACUAUUCAUUUGUGGUGUAGCUAACCAUGUCUGAAUCACUAGCAGGAAACAGGUUUCUUAUUGGUUACGCUCUUUCAUCUCAAAAGAUCAACACCUUUAUGAAAGAUUCUCUGGUCAUUCAUGCCCGAGAUCGAGGCGUUGAUCUCAUCCCCAUCGAUCUCGACAAGCCAUUGAUCGAACAAGGUCCCUUCGACUGCGUCAUUCACAAGCUAUAUGACACAGAGUGGAGGAAACAGCUCGAAGAAUUCUCCCUCCAGAGCCCUACUACACUCAUAAUUGACCCUGUAAAUGCCGUCGAGAAGCUCCAGAAUCGAGUCUCUAUGCUCGAAUUCGUCAACGAAUUGAAAAUUGAGCAUCUCGAAACUCCUUUACAGGUUUUCGUUUCGGACGAUUCAUCGGAAUCUCUGCAGGACGCUAUGACUCGUGAGGGCUUGAAGUUUCCCGUAAUUGCCAAGCCGUUGAUAGCAGCUGGCGCUGCAAAUUCACACCAAUUGUCUUUAAUCCUAAACCAAAACGGAUUAACAAAAUUAAAUCCUCCAAUUGUGCUACAGGAAUUCGUGAACCACGGUGGAGUCAUUUUCAAAGUUUAUGUAGCAGGAGAUCAUGUGAAAUGCGUGAAAAGGAAGUCACUAACCGAUAUCUCUGAAGAAAAACUGAACACUAGCACCUCAGAGAAUUAUCAGGUAUCUAAUUUUUCUGCUCAAAAUCAGAGCGAUCACGAGAGUUUUGCAGAGCUCAUAGAGGCGGCAGAAAUGCCGCCUUUGAGCUUUGUAAACGAAGUGGCUAAUCGGAUGAGGGAUGCUCUGAAGCUGCAUCUAUUUAACUUUGAUAUGCUAAGGGACAGUAGAAUUGGAACUCGAUAUCUUGUAAUUGAUGUCAAUUACUUCCCUGGUUAUGCUAAGAUGCCCGAAUUCGAGACUGUGCUAAUUGAUUUCUUCAUUGAUAUUGCACACCAGAAGCGAAGCAGAGAGAGUGGUAACUCGGACCAGAUGGAGAAUAAGAACUAGGAGGCAGAUUCGAAUAGAAACAAUUUAUAACUAGGCUGAUUAUGAUUU